CGAUGACACACAAAAAAAAACCACAAAAAUCAUUAAUCAGUAAUCAAAAAAUUACAAGUCACAAAAAUUCUGUCACCACUUUUUCGACUUAAUACAAAAUUUCUGGUAAUUUAAACAAAACUAUUUUUAAUUGUAAGCAACUAUUAACUGAUAUAACCACAUAUACAUUUAUAAUUAAGAGCAAUGAGAAGGAUUAAAUCUACAGAUGAAGCUAACUUUACUUCAGCUCCAACAUGCCAUGUCCAGAAGAGAUCUGGAGAUUACCAUGUUACUAUGAAGCCUUUGAAAGAUUUAUCUAAUCUUGGAGAAAACGAAAGUCCAUAUAUAAAGUGUAAACCUAUGCAAUGGAAAAUUACUAAAAACCGCACUGAUCUAAUAGAUUCUAGUUCCGGCAGCGAAGUAGAUAUAGAAUUUACUGCACCAGCUCCUAUUAUAAAAUCAAAAAAGAAGAAAACAUUAGAAGUUAAUCAUAUCGAUUGUCAGUACGAUGAAGCUGAUUUUAGUGAUACAUUAAAAAAAAAAGAUAAAAAAAGAAAUACUGGAAAGAAACUUGAAAAUACAAAAAAUAAUAUAAAAAACACAAAACCAAAAUCAUAAUACUUUCAAAUAGUGAGUUUCCGAUUGUUAAACAUAGGUAUAAUAGUUUUGUCCAAAAAUGUUUUUCAACACGAAGAUAUUGUUAUUUUAGUCCUUUUAUUUUAGUACGUAAUAUAUAAAACAACUAAAAUAAACAAAUUAUUUAAAUGCUUAUAAUAUUGUAAUUUUAAGUGAAGAAGUAAGUACAAAAAAAUGAUUUGAUGUUCCUGACCAAAGAUUUUGUAAUUUUCAUACAGUAUGACUAUGAAGAAGGGAAGGAGGCGAAUCGGCAACGGUCAAAUUUGAAUUUUCCAUCCUUAUUUUUAUAUAGUUCGCCAAAUUGACUGUAGUUAGCGG